UAUUUUCAGCUCUUUUCACAGCGAGCCUCGAGGACCCUCUCCUUGGAUCACCGAACAGACCCCUAAAUUUCCUAUAAAUCGUGCCCUAACCCUGCCAAUCCUCGAUCCCAUAUCUUCAUUCAAUUCAACUUCCAAAGUCUCCAAUUUUCUUUCAUUUUGAUUCAAUUCGAUCUUGUAUUCUUUCAGUUCGCUCUUUUCUCUAUCGAGCGAACCUACUUUUACCCCUUGCCGUGCUCUCGAUUCAUUUCUAGGGUUAGGGUUUUGAGAUUCUCCUUGAUUCUUUGAUUCCGAAGUGGGUUUUGUUCGAUCUUCAAGUCUAAUCUUGUAUAUUUGAAUUUCAUUGCUUAAAUUUAUCUGGGUCAGUUUAACAUCUAAAAAAUUUCUGAAAUUUUGAAAAUUCACGGUUCUUAUUAAUUCUUCAACUUUAUCCAUUUUCUGUUUGAUUCAAUUGUUUUCCCUUCUGCCCCUUGUUUGUUACUUUUUUAUUUUGUAAAGUUGUGCUAAUACGAUAAUACAAACUAGGGAUCUAUAAUUUUUUUUAUUUGUGAAUUAGGGUUUUUGGUAAAUUCGAUAAUUUCAAUUUCAUCAAUCCUGUUCAACGACCAAUUUUAGAAAAGAUAAAAUUAAAAUGAUUCACAAACGUGCUUUUUCUGAUGAUAAUUUAUAUGAGUUUGCUUGUAAGCACCCCAGACAAAUGGAGCGCAUUGAUCAGAUUGCUCCUAUUUUCCCAUUAGACAGCGGGCACCAGAAACAUCUUGUUUCAGGUGAUGACAGUUUUAGAAAGUGUCAAGAAGUAGGGAGGUCUGGAAGUGACUUGUUCAGUGAAUGUUCAAAAGGGACUAGCAAGGGAUUUGAAACUGGUGAUAAUGGUUGUUUCCCCCACUUUUUGUGGAUUGGCAAUGGGAUUCUUGAAGCUGAUAAUUUAUCAUUCUUCCCAGAAUAUUUUGAUCAUGGGCACCAGCGCAGGGCUUUACUUGAGCCUGAAGAGGCCUGCUCAUCUCUUGAUUACCCUUUUCAGAAGCAGGUUUCUGUUGGACCAGAGCAUCAAGCUUAUGUCCCGGAGUGGGACUCCCAGUGUUCAAGCACCUCCCUGAACCAGCUAGAUGACUCUAACCUUCAAGUUGCAUGUGCACAUUCAUCUAGCCCAGGUGUCAUAAUUGAUGGUGGUCGCGAUGAGAACCUGAUGGGUACUUGUAUCCUUCCCAUGCCUGACUUGGAAGCAUCUGCAAAUUACUGCUAUGAAGCCACCAAUCAUGACUGUGCAUGCCCUGAUGCAGGUUCUAUCAGAUGCAUAAAACAACAUGUCUCAGAAGCUAGGCUGAAACUUAGAGAGAACCUUGGGGAGGAGAUAUUCGAGGGGUUGGGGUUCUGUGAUAUGGGAGAGGUGGUUGCAAAUAAAUGGACUGAUGAGGAAGAGCAAGCCUUCCAUGAGGUGGUCUUAUCUAACCCUGUUUCUUUGGGAAAAAAUUUUUGGGACCAUCUGUCAGCAACAUUCCCUUCCCGAAAAAAGGAGGAGCUUGUCAGUUAUUAUUUCAAUGUAUUCAUGCUCCAGAAACGUGCUGAGCAGAACAGGUUUGACCCUCUAAAUAUUGACAGCGAUGAUGACGAGUGGCAAAAAAUUGAGGGUGAAACAGUAGAGGAAGAUGAGGAUUCUGCAGUGGAAUCUCUGACUGGUCAGGAUUCCUCUGCUUACUGUCAAGAGGAUCGUGCUGAGAAGUUCAAUGAAUAUGUUGAGGAUGAGGAUGAAGCUGUUGCUUCUAGAGAUGGUGUUGAUAAUGUUGUUCAUGGAAUUGCAACUGAUGCGGAGUAUGAGGGAGAUGUAGAUGAUUUUUCAGGAGCACAUGUUGGGAUUUACCAUGGUGAUUGUGUUGGUGACCUCGGACCUAAACAUUUCAAUGUAAUUGCUGGGACCAACACAGAUGAUUGUGAUGUUCAAGAUGAUUCGUGCACAUCAUAUGAGCAUCAACGAGACAACAUUGAUUGCUAUGGUCCACUUGAUAUGGGAACUGAUGGGAGACACUCCAGUCAAGAGUAAUAUUUUCACAGUAAAUAUUAUUGAUGGUUUGGUUCCCCUGCUGUUCGGCUAGACUGGAUAUUAUCAAGGGAUUGAUGUUAUUAGUCAUUGAAACUUGAAGAAGCUGAUACCUUUAUUCAAUGUUGAUUGUUGGGAAGAGUGGUUGUCCCAUGCAUCCCUCCAAAUUAAAGUUGGUUCUAGUAGGCAUCAAUAUUCAAGAGUCUGGUAGGUCAUCAGUUUCCAGGACUGGCCUUUCAAGGUUCAUGUGGCUCAAUUAAGAAGCAUUUCAGAUAGACAAUUACUAGUAAUACUACUGCAAAAUCCAAUUUUGCUUGCAAAAUUUUGAAUAUGUUGGUGGAAGGGCAUUUUGCAAGAUGCAAGUACUUUUAUAGGGCGUGGUUGAUGAUCUUGAGUGAGCCAAUGGAAUAAUCGUGGUAAUAUGCAGAGCUAUGGGUGCGCGAUUUGUUCAGCUGUUUAGCGUGACUUGAAUCAUGUUUCUCUUUAUCUCUGCGUGAUCAAUCUCAUGGUAAUUAUCUUGCAGUUUAAUCAACCCUCUGUAAGGCCACUUGGACCAACAUCUAAAUUGAAUGGUGUCGUCAAGGCAUUUUAUUUUAUCUUCUUUGGUUC